UUUACUGUAUUAAAGGUCAAGUGUGUAGAUUUUAGGUGAAAUUAUAAGUUGACUGUAUGAGCUGUUGUUCUUCAUUAGGCCCAGAAUGAGCCAGGUCAGCGCCACAGAGGCCACCAUUAAGAACCACCAUGGUUUUUAUACGUGACAUCUUCUGAGGUUUGAUGCUAACUGGACGCUACGUAUGUUCUCCAACACACGCAGGAAGUGAAAGUGAACUACUGUUCCCAUGGUUCCAGGGGUGUAGCGUGAGGCCAGCUACGGGUGCCCGGAUGGUUUUGACAGUCAGGCACGUUGGAAAGGCACAUCGGAGACUGGGGCGCACGAGAGACAGACCUGGAAUUGCAGAGGCAGAGACGCACGGGCGCACGUCGCUUUUCGCCUCCCGCAUAGUGGGGAGUCCCGCGCCUGUCACCGAAACUGGAGGACAGGGUUCGAGCGCGGUCAUGUCAGCGCCUGAACUGGGCAGAAGAUUGUGAACCAGCGUCCCUGCCACCAAUUUUUUACAAUUUCUCACUAUUUCCCUUUUUGCCUCCCCGUCUUUUGUGGGUGCAGAUAUCGAUGUGAGCGGGUUUUCCGUUGAGACGGCGGGAGCACACGGCGCUGAACAUUGAUGUGGGAGGACUGUGUCCCUCCGAGGCGUGGGGACCAGAUGACGGGGAAAUGCUCCGCCGCGCUGACGGCUGCAGCCGUCCCCGCAACGGCUGCGUGACCCGGGCGAGGAGAGGAGCGAAGCACCGCCGCCGACAGCCGGAGCCAACACUGACUCUGACACCGCAGCAGCUCCAGCUGCCAGCGCGAGCCUCCACUCUCUCUGUCUGUCUGCAAUCAUGGGCAAACAGGAGCAGAGGGGAGAGGGAGAAGUAUGUGAGCUCUCCGCUGCAGUAUUGAUGACCCAAUGAUCCCCUGCAGAACAGAGCCAGUCAGGCAGACAGAGUGAGGCUCAACUCUGAAUCAAAAUCAGAAUCAGCACCACAACUAUUUGGUAAAAGCGACCAUCCGUGCAGAAAAUAAACGGUCCUUGAAACUUCUUGCUAGUUGCUAGAGGAAGGCGGCUACGAAAAGGAUACACUCGUUUACACCGAGCAGAAAAACAUCCCUCCUUUUCCUUCCUCACUAAAACCACACACUGAAUGAGUGGCUUGUCAGAUCACCUUUGUUCAGGCCAAUCUGGGGCUCCAGCGGGCUGUGGUGGGAAUCAGGCAGAGGAACAAGGGUGCGUGGGGGGACUGGAGGAGCUUGAAGGGCCUGACCUCUGGACCAGGGAGCUUGGGUUCCAGGCAGAGUUCCGGGAUCCCUCCAGAGAUGGACUGGCACAGGUGACGUCCGACCACUUUGCCACCUCCUCUCCCUCUCCCUCUGCCCUGGCCAACGGCCUUAACCUGCAGAGAACGCUGGGGCACAACACCUGUCGACGGAGGCUGACAGAAACUCACACCUCUGCUGAGACACGUACAUUUGUAGAGACAUUAAGGAACAUGCAGACACACAUAGACCCAGGUGUGCAAGCACCAGUAGUGUCACACGCACACAUAGACAAUUGUGGACACAAUGAUAUCAAUUCACACACAGGUUCUGUCGGGCUGGAAUACCCCAGAACUCUCACACCAGAGGCCAUACACACACCCUCACCUCAACCCCUGUCUUUGGCACUUGGCAAUCAUCCUGCCUCCAUUAAUCAGCUGGCAGCCCCAGUCCACACAGAGGUGAAGGACAUCUCCUCAACCUUUUGUCCCGUCCCUAUUUGUCCAGACCGGACCGCAACCUCCUCUCCUCUUCCUGUGGAGUCAGAGAAAAAGUAUGCACUCCGCAGCUCUGGACGUCCUCGCUUCCCCUGUCACCUGCGUAAAUCCUCGCGACUCCGCCGAGGUAUAGAGGAUGGGGAAAAGAGAGUGGUGAAGGAGAGGGGAGAAGAGGAAGAGAAAGAAGCGUUAGUGGAGAAGAUCUGGAAGGUCAAAGAUGAAGAGGUGGCUGUUCAAAAGAAAGAAGAACGUCCGUCUGUAAAAGAUGUUCUCCCACCGACUCCCUUCCCAACAGACAUUGCACUCGCUCUAACUGUUCAACCCAAACUUGCUCCUAAAGCGAUACAUAAACCGGGACCCAGGAUUGGGCAUCGACCUGGACCCAAAUCAAGGUCUAGGCCUGCACUGAAAGGUACUGAAAGGCCUGUUCAUAAAGCAGCCCCUAAAAGUGUAAUGAAACGGCGCCAGGCAGCACAGUCUAUGUCUCAACGUGUUACCCCACAUCCACCACUUGUGAACCCACCCGCCAUCCCUGCAUCUCUGCUAACUGUGAAGGAAGAACCUGUUGCUGGGUUAGGGGUAUGUCCUCCCAAUAACCAGAAAUGUGGACGUUUUGUUGGUGUAAGACGGAUUGUCGUCAAGGUGCCUCGUAUACCUGUCAGUCUCAGCCGCAGACAGAAGAGCUACAAGAUUUCCAAUAUGGAGACCGUUACAGGAACAGAGAAGGGGAACGACGGUGGUGUGGAGGGCUCCGAGGCAGCUCGAGAGCCGACUGCUCUCCUCCGCAUGAAGAACAACGGGAAGAGUGUCAUGGUGAUGUUCCCUCCAGGAGAGCUGCCUGUUAUUCUCAAACGCAGGCGGGGGCGACCACCUAAGCAGGCUGUGCCAGCAAUACCGGGAGAGCCUCCAAACACCAGCGGUGCUAGUGGUAAUGGAGACCAGCCCAAAAAGCCUCGGAGGCGGCGGCGGACUAAACUCCCUACUCCUCUUCCGUCUUAUGUUAAUGACACUAAUGAUGUGAAAACAGAAUAUGGCGAUGUCCUGUCCAAACUGGCCUUUUUAAACCGUCAGCCACCGACCACUGGCCGCUGCUCUCCACCUCGGUGCUGGACACCCAGUGAGCCAGAAAGCUUUCAUACACCCUCGGAAAACCCGGGAAUAUCAACCCUACUCCACAGGCUCACUGGGUUCAGACGUCCACGGGGUGGCAGAGGAGGGGGCAUUGGAAGAGGUGGAGGUGGAGCAGGAGGGAUCGGAGGCAGUGAGCGCAAUAAGAGCACCUUCAGUGACUUCUUUGAAUCUAUAGGCAAAAAGCGGAAACUGAGCCCCAUGUCUGAGCAUGGAUUACCUAGAAAAAGGGGGAAGGGUGUGGGAGGGGUUGGUAGAGGAGGGGGUGUUGUAGGAACUGACCCUGGUGGAGAGAAAAUAGUCAGGAGGAGACGGAUGAAAAAAAAUGGUGCAUUUAAAGGGGAUGGAAUUUCCAUGGGGCAGGACUGGCCCAAUGGGGCAGGUGGAUGGGGGGAGGAGGGGGGAAUGGAAAAGGAGAAAGGUUUGGGUGUGUUUCAGCUCUGUGGCUCUCCAAGGGGGGGUUUUUCCUCCUGUGAGGUUGGAAGGGGGGGCAACUACAACAGUCAAGGAGGGAGCAGAGGAGCUGGGCCUGCCGGGGAGGAUUCACAAGGCCUUUUUGCUGGAUAUUUCCGGUCUCUGCUUGACUCUGACGACUCAUCAGACCUGAUGGACAUGUCGCAGUCAGAAGCCCGCAAAGCUUUAUCCUCCACUGGUUAUGAGCCAUCCAGCCCAGCUACUGGUCACAGCUGGGCGCCUGCAUUCUCCAAGUGGUGCUCUAAGGGUGCAAAUUCUGUAGUGGAGGGUUCAGGACAAACACACUGCUCCUCAGCCAGGCCUCUAUACAGCUAUAAUAGCUUAGCCCAAACAUCACCCACCACUUGUACCUAUCCUAAAUCCACUCCUCCAUCUCUCUCACACUCCCCUGGCUCCCCCCACCCUGCUUCUUAUGGUCACUUCUCCUCUGGCUACUCCUCCUCUUCUCCUGCAGUGUCACAGAGAUCCUCAGACUGCAGCUUUGCUUAUGGGUCCGGACACAGCAGUGGAAAGGGAAACCCUGUUGGUCAGGCUGGUUAUUCUAGCUACCAGGCAGCCAAGCGGGGGUUUUGUGGAUAUCCUGCAACAGGUCAUUCCUCCAUGGUGCGGGGGGAGACAGCAGGACCCACAUCACCUGGAGGAGGGUAUAUGUCUAUGGCCAGAGGAAGCCCAUUCAGCUCCUCCCCUACUCCAGAAGGAUUCAAACAGUUCAGCUCCAGUCAGUGGAGCUACAGACAUGGAUAUGGCGGCUGGCCAACAGAUGGCUUUGGGCCUCAGUAUCAUGGCUACAGUGAAUAUGGCUCCAAUGAGUCCAAAGACAUCUUGGAUAUCUCGAACUACACACCCCAGAAGACCAAGCGACAACCAUUUCCUGAAAGUCUGUCUGAGUCCUCUAACGACUCUUCACAUCUUAGCUCUGCCGCCACAGGCCCGGUUGCUACAGGUGGCACAUACAAACAGAACGAGGCUGCUCCUGUUAGUGGAGACGGGGGUCAGUCGAGUCUGUCCAGCCUGGAGAAGUUGAUGAUGGAUUGGCAUGAGAGUGCUUCAGGGCCCUCGUAUAACUGGAGCCAGAGCGUCCUCUUCCAGGGUGGAGGAACCAACAAACCUGGCCGUGGACGCAGGAAACGGACUGAACCACAAUCGGAAAAGGAGGGGGUCGCUGCUUUACUCUCUGAUUCCCAAUCCAGUCCCUCACCAACACCUGUUCCGGGACCUAAGCGAGGAGGUGGCAGUGGACGGGGCAGAGGGUCUAGAGGAGGUAGGGGGGGGUUGUCUCCAUGUCAGAGAGAGCGGCCAUCGGGGGCUAAAGGCAGGGGCAAGGCUGUCUCUACAUCCGGAGCAACGGGGGUUUUGUCUGCUGGAGUUCCAGAAGGGUCUGGGCUUUUCCAAGAGGUUCUGGACUAUUACAGCGGUGACAGUAGCAGCCUCUCUCCCCUGGCCACUCCCAAUCCUGCACCAGCCUCCAGCUACCUCCAGGACCCCUGUGAGUACCCCUCCCCUUAUUCAGCCCACCCCUCCACACCUUCCUCUGAGGAACGAUAUCCCGCUUUAUACCCAGGAGAGUCCUCCUCUUCCCUCUCGCCCAGCGUCUCAUCUCCCCCUUACCCUCCCAAGCCCACCCCGCCUCCACCCCAGUCCUACCACCCAGUCCCAUCCAGGACCUUCUCCCCCUCCUGCUCUCCCUCACCACGGGUAACACCCCACUGCAGCACUGCACUGAGUCCCUCGAAUCGCCCCCCUCCUAAAGAUCCACCGUUCUCUCAGUAUGACUCCCCGAGCUAUUGCAGCUCCCCCUACUGGUACGGACAGACAUCGCACAGCGGGAGCCCUAGCCCGCAUUCACACAACGCACACUCAAACACAGCCAUGCACACACACAGCAACCCACACUCAAGUCCACAUGGAAAUUCACAUGGCAAUCCCCUCGCUGGCCCAAAUGCAAACGCACACUCACAAAUAAUCCAGACUCCCCACGACACACACCAUCACAACACACAGCCACACGCAAACCUGAGCGCACAUGGCAACGCCCAUUCCAACUCACACCUCCAGAGCAACGCACUCACCCACACAAGCACUCACACCAACAGUCAGCCGCACCACAACACACACACCAACGCCAACACUCGCCUCCCGUCCCAUACACACUCCAACCCCAGCCCCGGUCUCCUCUCGCACUCAACACCUGUUCUCUAUGAGGAGCGCAGCCCUCCCUCCACCAUGAGCACCCACAAGCGGGAUCUGACCCCCCACCCUAUGAGCACAGGCCAUCGCCAGGGUCUCCUUCCUCUCUCCUACCCCAAACCUCCCCUGGACUCCUCACCCCAUCAGGAGGACACUAGUGGCUUCUCCCUGUCCCACCAAUCCUACCAGGGCAUGGGACACCGUUACCCCUCCCAGGUGGCUCAGGGAGGCGGGGUGCUGUGUCAGCUCCUGGACCCAACCAAUGACGACAGCUUCAAUGUCACCAGCCUGUAACAGCAGGUUCAUUCAGUCCAAGCUUUUACAGAUUUGCAAACAUUAUUCUUUUCUUUUUUUGACUUCUUUAUGAGAGACUGUGAAACGAAGGGUGAGAAUUUAGCUGCCAGCUUUGGACAGUAGAGCUUUAAUUCUCCAGCAAUGACAAUCAAAAUCAGCCACAACUUAAACACCCAAGCAUGUACACACACGCAUACAUAAACACACACACAAAUACAGACACGCAUGUGCAGAUCAAUUCACUACCUAAACAUGAACGCAUAAAAUCAUGUGUGCACUCACUCACACUGGAAUGAGGGAAUGGCCAAGAGGAGCUGACAGAUGAAAACCAGACGCUGAUGGACACAGACAAACCUAUUUUCUCAUUCUGUUGUGGUACAUAGAGGACUCUGUUUCCCAGAAGUCUGUAUCUUGCCAAAUCUUUCUGUUCUGUGCAUCUGCAGUGUGGACAAACUGGGAUCACACUGCUCUAUCGCUCUUUCCGUUUUUCUUCCCUCUGUCCUCCCCCAUCUCCCCUUCUUUUGCUAAACCAGCAACCGUGUUCUGCACUUAACUCAUCAACACUGCAUAUCUGUCUUGUGCUCUAAUCUGAACCACAUCUGAGCCCAAAAUCCACUUUUUUGAAUACCAUGAGCCUUGCAAAUGUCCUGCUCUGUGCACUCCUUGUGUUGUGUCCCAUAAGAGAAAAGUGGACUAAUACAGCUCCUGCUCUUGAAAUACCAGCAUCUGUACAUACGACUCCAGCUCCACGCCAUGGGCCCCCUCGUCACUCUGAAGGUCCAUCAUCAACGUGCCCUCCUCAGCAUUCUGUCAUGGUGUCUCUGCUCUGCGUUGGGUUGGGGGU